AUGGAUCUUACUACGGCUUAUCGCUACAACCAGAACAUGAUGGAAUACUACACGUGCCACGGCGGUGUAAAUCAAUUGGGCGGCGUUUUCGUCAACGGCAGGCCCCUGCCCGACGUCGUCAGACAGAGAAUCGUCGAACUGGCGCACAACGGAGUCAGGCCCUGCGACAUUUCACGGCAGCUCAGGGUCAGCCACGGAUGCGUCUCCAAAAUACUGUCCAGGUAUUAUGAAACGGGGAGCUUUAAGGCCGGUGUAAUAGGUGGUUCUAAGCCAAAAGUUGCAACACCCCCCGUGGUCGAUGCGAUUGCAAAUUAUAAGCGCGAAAAUCCAACAAUGUUCGCAUGGGAGAUCAGGGAUCGGCUGCUGGCGGAGGGCAUCUGCUCACAGGACAACGUACCAUCCGUUUCGUCGAUCAACAGAAUCGUUCGAAACAAAGCGGCGGAGAAAGCGAAGCACGUACAUCAUCAACAGCAACAGCAGAACGGUGGAGCGAGCAAUAACUCACAAGCCGGUGGAGUCAGCCAAAGCGGCGGGCCCGUUUCAGUGAUAGCUCACGCGCCGGCAACCGCACACAGCACGCAAUUACCGGGCGAGAGUCGCACGUCGGCCGCGUCAAACGCCGGCUACAGCAUCAAUGGCAUCCUAGGCAUUCCGCAGCACCAUACCGACCCCAAUGGGAACAGCAUCAAACGAAAACGAAUAGAUGACCAUGAUGAAAAUCGGGACCUGAAUAGCCACGCAGAUGAUGAUCUCAAACGGCAAAGAACUCAUUAUAACGGCGAUCAACUCUAUUCAAAUCUGUGGCCCAGUAAAUGGAGUGUAAAGGAAGAGCACAAACUCCUUUCGGAGCUGGGAGCGAGCGGCGGAACGAACGCGCCGAACGGAACGAACGCAACGAACGGCACCGCCGCCGCCGCCGCCGCCGGUUACUAUGACAGCCACGUGGGACACGUCGGCCAUGUUGGACACGUGGGAUUUACCGCUUCAUCGACGUCAGCUGAUUCUAUACUGUACGACAGCAUCACCACCAUGACGCAGGCACAGAGCUCGCUCUACACGCCGCCAAUAGGCAAUGGAUGUUUAUCGCCACUGGCACCUAUCAGUAUGCAGGAAAUUCAAAUCGGUUCAAGAACGGUUUCAAAUCAAUAUCAGAACGCAAGCGACGGCGCUGCAUCGACGUACGGGCUGGUGAUCGAGCCGGCGGGCGUCAGCGACACUGGAGCGCCGGGAACGGGCAGCGGGGCGUCGCCUGGUCUGCCGCUGACCUUGGCGGCGGAACCUGCCAACAAUCAGCACAGCGGAAACUCGCCUGAUCCUUCAUCGUUGAUAGUACUGCAGCCCAGCGCCCCCACGGGAUACUCGACCAUGCUACCGAGCUUCGGGCACUACGGAACAGGAGGAGGUUCGGUGGUGUCUGGAGCAGACUACGCCUAUAGUUCGACAUAUCCACAAUACGGAACCGCCUACGGAUCCUACGGCUACGGCACGUCGGGCAGCGGGUUGCUCAGUUACCCUCACCUGCUGCAGCAGGAUGCGAGAUCGCCGCAAGCUGGUGCCCGCGCGCCCUCCCUGGCCGCCGCCACAUCGCCGACUGGAAGUCGAGCCGACGACCUGUACCUGUCCUGAGUGUCCUGAUAUCCUGAAUGUCCUGAAUGCGCCGUCUGCAUCUCUCAGCGAAACGUCGGUCGGUCGCCUGUGGUUGUCUGUGAAUAUUUCGUACGGCAACUCAUCUAUAUCAUCGUUAUAUUAUUAAUUUAACCCGAACUCCCAAGACAAUCGACAAUUAGUAGUUAAUUUCGUGUAGUGAGGUUCAUUAGUGAAGCAAUGAGGAACUGCUAGCGAUAAGAUUUUCAGCACUUAUGGAUUAUACAAAGUUGUAAUUAUUAUUAUUUAGUUAUGAAUGCAUUUAAAACAUACAGAGCUUUGGGGUAUACACAUUUACAUAUUUCGAUAUAUGUACAUAUAGGCAUAAAUAAUAAAUGG